UCACAGUACUCAUUAGCAAGCAUUUUUUAAUAUAAUUCAAUUCUAUCACCCCGUUUCUACAAUGGUAUUGUAUUUGGCAAAUGAAAUGGGGAUAUUAUGCAUGUGAGAAAAUAAUGAAUUGUUGCUUAGAAUUACGUCACGGUGGUUUCGAAUGUCGGGAGCUAGCGCUGGUUAGGAGGCCGCGCGCACAGAGGACAGAUUACUUGUACAUUUCUGGAGACUAAGGUCGUCAACACCGCUCAUCACUUCGUAUUUCAGGAAUAUCCUCUCCCAUCCCCCUUCCCCCCCUUCCCUCCCCCCCUUAUCAGAGAGCAUGGCUCAGGAGACCAAUCAGACACAGGUGCCAAUGCUUUGCACUAUGGGCUGUGGUUUCUAUGGUAAUCCCCGCACCAACGGUAUGUGCUCGGUCUGCUACAAGGAACACCUACAGAGACAACAGGGAGGGGGCCGUUCCAGCCCCCCAGGUGAGAAAGGCUCGGCAGCUUCAUCGCCAGUGGGGUCCCCGGGAGCAGCUGGUGUGUCAGUGGAGAGCACAACGUCGGAACCCAGCACGGAAGGGGUCACUCCGCCCGAGGAAAGGACAUCCAGUCCCAACUCCCCCAGCCCAGUAACCCAGCAGAUGACAGCCAUGAGUAUCUCCCAGGAUACUGGAGCCACUGACUCAAACCGGGCUGAUGGGGACGAGGAAGAGGACGAGGGGACAUCCAAAAACACUGGGCCAGUGGGGGAGGCAGCCCAGGCCUCGUCUGAUGGUGAUCAGACCCCUGACAAAAAUAAGAAGAAGAACCGAUGCUUCACCUGCCGGAAGAAAGUGGGCCUGACGGGCUUCGACUGUCGCUGUGGUAACCUGUUCUGCGCCAUUCACCGCUACUCUGACAAACAUAACUGUCCUUACGACUACCGAGGCGCUGCCGCAGCCCGCAUACGCAAGGAGAACCCCAUCGUGGUGGCUGAGAAGAUCCAGAAGUUAUGAGGACUAAAUAGAAAAGUCUCUGACGUGAAAAUUUGGAACAAUGGCGGCAUGGAAUAAUACCAGAUAAAAUGGCUUCAUUUGUUCAUGGUAGGAUAAGGUGGGUGGGGUGGCAGCGUCAUAGCCCCUGUCCAGCCACUCCCUUUAUUGGCAUCUCCCUCUCUCCUAGAGUGACUGCUGGAGUGUGAAUGCGUGUGUGAAUUCCAAUGUGGGGAGAUUGUGUGUGUGUGUGUAGCUUGCUUGAGAGUCAGGGAGAGUGCAGUAGGGUUAGGUGGGCAUUUGUCUGCUGUGGGGAGGGAAGGCAUUACAUUUCUACCCUUUUUAUUAUUAACUUGGGGGGACUUCUUUUUAUAUUAUCCCUGCGAGGUAGUUAAAAUGAGACAGAAGUAACCUGUUUAAGAGCAUGCCACAGCUCGGAUAAGGACAUUGGGAGGUCAAGUUAAGAUCAUACUGGGAGUUUCUGUGUGUAUCAGCAAGAUCUUUUGAAGACUUCACAUUCAUUUACCCCUAAAGAAAAACCAUUGUCUAGUUUCUGUCAAAUUGGCCUUUUGUUUUAUUUUAAUGUUUCCCUCUGGGUGAUUAGUUCACAACAUGUCAAACUCCCAAGUCUCUGCAUUCAAGAAUGUUUUCUCUUUGAUAUAUUGACUUCUCAUACUGAUGUUGGGUGCAUGAACAGCUAGUUAUUGGAGGGGGUGGGGCAGGGCUGGGGUUAUCGAGAUAGCCUUGACAUAACUGAGUGAUUGAGUUCUUCCUUUUUGUUUUAAUGAGCGAAUGACAUCAGAAGAUCUAUAUUAAUAUAUUGUAGUUAGCUUGAAUUGUGUGAUUGCAUUCUAUUUAUUUUUUGAAUCAAUUGGUUGGUUUGUACUGGAGGAUUGGCAGCAUGUGUCCGCAAAUCAUUUGAUUUGUACUUAAACUUUCAAUUCUAUUUAAGCAUUUCCAUCUGAUUAUGUAACCAUUUGAAAAAAUACAAGUUCUGAUAUGUGAUGGAGUAGAGUGGACAUAAAAGGUCCAUUAUUUUGGAAUCAAAACACAACAAAUAGUGUCAACUGCAGAGCACAAAACACUGAAUGUGCAAAUGAACCUACUCUGUUUUCUUCAACCUCUGGGUCUUUAUAGUUUAGUUGGAUCUCUCUGCAGGUUUGCUACAGAGAAUAAAGCAUAUUCUUCCCAUGCUGGCAGGACAUAACGUAGUGUUCUCCUUGAACACCUGCUUCUGUUCCAUAUUGCUUACACUUUAAGCCUCCUUGUCCUUAACCACCAUCAUACCACUGACAUAUGCUGAAUGAUAACUAAACUGGUUGGCAAUUAAUCUCCAUAGUGACACACCUCUAUUCUCAGCUGAAGUGAAUUACUUCAGAAUGACAGUGGCGUGCUUUAUAAUGUGCUCCCAAAUGAGUCCUUUUUCGAAGACGCUUCUAGCUAGCUACUUCCGGAAGAUCAAAAUGUGCAUGCAUGUGCAGUCAGAUGAAUAACUGUUUAUUAUAAACAGAAAAACGAGCAAGAAUGUUAAGACACACAGCAUUAGCACAAUGCAACGCGUUACUGGAACCUUGACUGGCUGAGGGUCAAGUUAAUGGGACUCUACUGUGUUUUCAAUUGUAAAUACCAUGUGGCUACUAUUCAUGUAGUAUAAUCUUAUGUAGAAUGUCGCCAGAUAAUAGGUGGGGAGAAAAAUAUCAAAAUAUUAGUAUAUGUGUAUAACAGUGCUUUUCAUAACUACCCUAAAAGAAGUGCAGUGGCACUGCUUAGUUUUCCUUGUAUUUUGUUUCACUGACAGGUAAUUCCUGUGUCUUCAAACAGGGUGUAGAAUUUGGUCAACGGGCUAAAAAUCACCCUGGAUGACAUAUUUAUCUUUGACAGUGUCAUGCUAGGUUGCUUUCCAGUUCCUCCUGACUGCCCUGAGAUUCAGUGACUCAACUCUACAGACAGUCAAACACAUCCCUUCUAUGUCCAAAGUACUGCUACUAACUGGCUCACUCUUCAGCAAGGGCCUUGGUGUCCCUGUGGUUGUUUUCAGGAUUGGUCACACUAGUUUAUUUCAAAACAAUUUGUGGCAGUUUUGCAUUGUUGAAUCAAAGGUAUAUCAAACAUUGAUUUACAAUUCAUGCUUUUUCAUAACAUAGCACAUGUCAUUGAAAAAGAUUGUGUGGAAAAAGCAGAUACUGAAAAACAGCAAGUGUAACACCUGGCAAAACAACGAGGAGAAAGUCUGAACUGAAUGAGAUCUCUUUAUAUAAACAGGGAAUAACCUAGACUUAAUUUAGUCAGACCUGUGAUAUGCGCGUUAGCCUGGGUAGUAUUACCAGUUAAAGAAUGUCUUAGUGAAGGGCGGGUAGCAGUGGCUUAGGGCCUUUGCAUGCAAACACCAAGGCUGCCUGUCCCUGAGCCUAGCCCGGAGCUCAAAGCCCCUGUUACGAGAUGAGUCCUCUGGUUUAUCAUUUGGAAUCAGACACUCUUGGAUCUUAGGGUUCACACUGUUUAAAGUAUCUGAGUGGAGAUGGUGCGGUGCCUUUGAUACCAUGUAAGAAGAGGGCCUGAGAAGAAGUGUGUAUGAUGAGCUAGGGCUAGGCUGUCUGAGUUGAAAAACCUUCCUUGCUGUUGGUUUAUUCCCAAUAGUGAUGUUUCGGUUUUAAGAGUAUGCGCUAAACUGACUUUUUAAAAUGGGGCAGAGAUGCGUGUCCUCGUGUACCUGAUGAGUGUACUCUGUUCUAGGGCAAGGGAACAGCGUCGGCUUGUCCUUCAGUUUGGCUGACUGUCGUCUUUGCAGUUGUGAUGUGUUGCAGGUUGAUAGUUCCCUUGACUGCUCAGACUAUCCCAGCAUUUAAAAAGGAUUGCAGUUUGAAUGUUACCAACGGGUUGAUGGGGUCAUGCUUAUCAAGCUAUUUAUGUCUCUGGAAUUGACCACACUGAGCCUCCCUUGUGGGGCCCACUGAGCUUAUGUUUUAGGCUUAAUAAGAUCUGUUGAAUCACUGCAAUUGUAUGUAAAUGGCUCAAAUAAACCGGAUCAGAAUCAGUGAUUUGAUGUUAGGAAAACAUCCACUGCAAUUUCAAUCUGUUGCACUUUUACAAUGUUGAUGUCAUGAAGUUUGUCUUUAGCACACUUUAACAUAAUCGUCCUCAUCUUGCGGCCAUUACUAUAAAAGCUUUUGAUCUGUGAUGAGUAACCAGCUAAUGGGUGACCAAAUCUGGCAAUAUUCUCUCAAUGUGUUGCAGCAGAACUGUGUUCCCAUAAAAUACAGUGGAGUGCUUGACUCAUUCCACUGAUGUAUGAGAAAUGAUGGAACAGACAAUAAUUGAGUUCCAGAAUGUUACAAAUUGUAGAUCUCUCCUGCAGGAAAUUGCAAAAGUGCAGUCAAGUCCUUUGGACUGGUGCACACCAGUCCCCCAGAAACAACACCAGAUAUCUUUUAAUGUUUUUUUUCUUAAAAAAUGUAGGGUUGUAUGAUGUGUAAGAGUAAGUAUAAAACAAUAAAAUCACAAAGUUUAUUUUAAAUGUA